GAACUUAUAAGAAGGCGAGGUCAUAAAGCUGAUUAUGAUAGUUGGGCUGCUCAAGGUUCUGAAUAUAUUAUUUGGAACUAUGAUCACUGCCUUGAAGCAUUCAAAGCAGUUGAAAAUAAUGCACGUAUAAAUCCAGAUGAAGAAUUUAAAAAUUAUCAUGGAUUCAAUGGUUUACUUCAUGUACAAGAUUCUCCAGUUGAUAAAUUUGAUAUUUCUAAAGAUAUAAAUGGAGUAGGAGAAUAUCAAUUUACGAUGAAAGAUGGAAAGCGUUUUACAUUGGCUGAUGGUUUUUUGACAGAUGCACUGAAAGAAGUUAAAAUUUAUCCUCCAAAACCAUUUAUUCAAGGAUGUCCUCAUCCACCACCAUUUCGUGCAUUAGAUGAUAAUGUUGGCAAGUUCGUGGCAGUUAAUGUUAAAUCCUUUGCUCAUGUGUUAAAUAUUAUUUGGGAUGAAAAAAAGAAUGAUAAGAAUGUUGCAAUUGGCGCGAGAUAUUUUUGUAAUGGUAGAAUUCACAAUUCUUAUAUUGCUCCAAAAGGUGAAAUUAUUAUUUGUGGUGGUGCUAUUAAUAGUCCUCAGAUUUUAAUGCUCUCCGGAAUUGGACCAAAAAAUAAUUUAGAAGUAAAUAAUAUCAAAGUUCGUAAAGAAUUACCAGUUGGACGUAAUUUGUGGGAUCAUCCUUCAUGUUGCAUUGCUGCCACAGUUUCUGUUCCAAAUAGUACAAGUGCUUCUAAAUUGAAUUAUUCAGGUUUUGGAGUAGAUUUUGUAAUUUUUCACAAAGGUAAUAGUCAAGGAAAGGUUCCUAGUAAAAACGAAUUCCUUGAUGAACGUCCUGAUAUUCAACUUUAUGCGGGAGCACUCUUAUUUAAUAAAGGUAUUCUUGCAAACAAUCCAACGGAAGAAAAAGAAUUUUAUUCUAUGUUAUCGUCUCUUAAUAUUCCAUCAAGUGUUGGUCAUUUGGAAUUACGUAGCUCUAAUCCAUUUGCACACCCAAAAAUAUUUCUUAAUUUCUAUCAAAAACCUGAUGAUUUGUAUAGAAUGAUGAGUAGUCUUAAAUUAUCAUGUGAGAUACUCAAAAAACCUCCAUUAAGUACUGAUUGGGGUGUAAAAAUAAUUGGACUAGAUAAUGUGGAUAGCGAUAAAGGAUGGGAAAAAUACAUUCGUGAAAAAGCAACUUCAACAUUACAUGCAUGUGGCACAGUAAAAAUGGCACCAGAAUCUCAAGGAGGAUGUGUCAAUCAUCGCCUUCAAGUUUAUGGAACAGAAAAUCUUCGGGUUGUUGAUGCAUCAAUUUUUCCAACUAUUCCAGCAGGUAAUAUUAACGCUCCAACUGCUAUGGUCGCAUGGAGAGCAA